UGGUGUCGGCCGGCAGGGGAGCUGCGGGCUCCGGGUUUGAACAGGCCAACUUCUCCAGCGGGCAGAGCGAGCGCCAGGGCGGUGGCGAGAGCGAGUGACACGCAGAGCUGAAAACAUGGUUCAGCAGGUGCUCUACCGGGCACUGGUCUCCGCCAAGUGGCUGGCAGAAUCGGUCCGGGCUGGCAAGCUGGGGCCUGGCCUUCGGGUGCUGGAUGCAUCCUGGUACUCACCGGGCACCCGUGAUGCUCGCAAGGAGUACCUGGAGCGCCACGUGCCUGGUGCCUCCUUCUUUGAUAUCGAGGAGUGCCGGGACACGGCUUCGCCCUAUGAGAUGAUGCUGCCUAGUGAGGAACGCUUCGCCGACUAUGUGGGGCACCUGGGCAUCAGCAACAGCACGCACGUGGUGAUAUAUGAUGGUGACCACCUGGGCACCUUCUACGCGCCCAGGGCCUGGUGGAUGUUCCGUGUGUUUGGCCACCGAACCGUGUCAGUGCUCAAUGGUGGCUUCCGGAACUGGCUGAAGGAGGGCCACCCAGUGACAUCCGAGCCCUCACGCCCAGAGCCGGCUGUCUUCAAAGCCACACUGAACCCUUCCUUGCUCAAGACCUACGAGCAGGUGCUGGAGAACCUCAAAUCUAAGAGAUUCCAGCUGGUGGAUUCACGGUCCCAAGGGCGCUACCUGGGUACCGAGCCAGAGCCGGAUAUAGAAGGACUUGGCUCAGGCCACAUCCGUGGCGCCAUCAACAUGCCGUUCAUGGACUUCCUGACGGAAGAAGGCUUUGAGAAGAGCCCUGAGGAGCUCCGUGCCAUGUUUGAGGACAAGAAGGUGGACCUCGCGCAACCCCUCAUUGCUACCUGCCGGAAGGGCGUCACUGCCUGCCACAUUGCUCUGGCCGCCUACCUCUGCGGCAAGCCUGAUGUGGCUGUCUAUGAUGGCUCCUGGUCUGAGUGGUUCCGCCGGGCCCCCCCGGAGACCCGUGUGUCCCAGCAGAAGGCUGAGAAGGCCUGAGCAGGGCCCCCUCCGCUCACCUGCUGUAACUCUGGUGAGUUUAGUGGUGAGCUUAGUGACCCUGGCAUGCCCUGCAGCUGGUCUGUACCUCUCUGGUGAAGGAGAUUGACAAGUUUUAAAACUUGCUGUGUAAAACUCUCCUUUUCCCCAAUAACACUGGAAUAAAACCUACCU